UUCCAUGUCAACCCUAAACAACACCUUUGCAUGUAGUCAACUGCUGUUGUGCACUUUCUCUCUGCUGCCCCAUAAAGAUGACGUUAUGCUGCAGAUCCGGGGCUGACGUCGCUCGCUCUCGCGAUAUUUCGGCGUCAAGCAGGUUUUGAGCCUAACCCCCCUCCCGCGCUGUCCCCUCCCACGCCCCAGCGCGCUGUGUCGGGAUAGUGGCAGUAUAAAGUAUAUCUUCCAUCCGAGACAGAUAAGAAGCGCCAGGCUAGAGGGGAUGAAGAUGGCGGACGCCAAGCAGAAAAGGAACGAACAGUUGAAGCGCUGGAUAGGCUCGGAGACGGAUCUCGAGCCGCCCGUCCUGAAGAAGAAGAAGACGAAGGUGAAGUUCGACGAUGGCGCCGUGUUUCUGGCCGCCUGCUCCAGCGGCGACACUGAGGAGGUGCUGCGAAUGCUCGACCGCUGCGCGGACAUCAACUACGCCAAUGUAGACGGACUCACCGCGCUGCACCAGGCCUGCAUAGAUGAUAAUGUGGACAUGGUGACCUUCCUUGUGGAGCAUGGAGCCUGCAUCAACCAGCCCGACAAUGAAGGCUGGAUUCCUCUUCACGCUGCCGCUUCCUGCGGAUACCUCGACAUCGCUGAGUAUCUUAUCAGUCAAGGUGCAAACGUUGGUGUAGUAAACAGCGAGGGAGAAACGCCACUGGAUAUUGCAGAGGAGGAGGCCAUGGAGGAGCUUCUGCAAAACGAGAUCAACCGGCAAGGCGUGGAUAUCGAGGCGGCCAGGAAAGAGGAGGAGCGGAUCAUGCUAAGGGAUGCACGACAGUGGCUUAACAGCGGCCAGAUCAACGACGUCCGGCACGCCAAGUCUGGGGGGACCGCACUGCACGUCGCUGCAGCCAAGGGAUACGCUGAGGUUUUAAAGCUUUUAAUCCAAGCAGGGUAUGAUGUAAAUAUUAAAGACUACGAUGGCUGGACUCCGCUCCACGCUGCUGCACACUGGGGCAAAGAAGAGGCCUGCCGGAUACUAGUAGAGCAUUUGUGUGAAAUGGACAUUGUCAAUAAAGUGGGUCAGACGGCGUUUGACGUAGCUGAUGAAGAUAUCUUGGGAUAUUUAGAAGAGCUGCAAAAGAAACAGAAUCUGCUUCUGAGUGAAAAGAAGGAUGUUAAGAAGUCUCAUUUAAUAGAAACUACGACUACUGGGGACAAUAAUCAAUCUGUGAAACCACUGAAGAGUAAAGAAACACUUCUACUGGAGCCAGAUAAGACUGUCCCACGAAUUGAGACUCUGGAGCCAGAGAAGGUGGAUGAAGAAGAGGGGGAGGGGAAGAAGGAUGAGUCUAGCUGCUCUAGUGAGGAAGAAGACGAGGAAGACUCAGAGUCUGAGAACGAAGCAGACAAGACCAAGUCUUCUGUUCCGUCGAGCAUUUCUAACAAUGCACCUGCUAGUAUCACCGUCACGUCUCCAACUACCCCCAGCAACCAGGUGACCACCCCAACCUCACCUACCAAAAAGGAGAAGGAGAAGACACGUCUGGCGUAUGUUGCACCAACCAUCCCGAGGAGACACGUUAGCACAUCAGACAUCGACGAGAAGGAAAACAGGGAUUCGGCUGCUAGUCUGGUACGUAGCGGCUCGUACACAAGGAGACGCUGGGAAGAAGACCUGAAGAACAGCGACGGAACUGCCUCGCAAAACAGAACCUCCAGCUAUCAGCGCAGUACGUCUCACACGCUAGCGUUAGGCCGCACGUCUAGCUCUCGCGACCUGCCCGCCAAAUCCUCCUCUGCCUCCAGCCUGGAACCUAACAACUCUAAAGCCUGGCAGCAGCCUUCCUCCUACUACCAGUCUUACAGCAUUCACCGCAGCGGAUCGUUUGGAAGGAAGCAGGAUGAUGCUUUAAGUUCCACUUCUUCCUCCACCUCCACAACAAUGACCUCCACCUCCUCUGUUACCUCACCCACCGGACAUCGCAGCCUGCUGUCCAGGUAUUGGGCAGAAGAGAGUACGGAAAAGGAGAAAGAGUCGGCCACGGUCAUCCCCACAAUCAACACUGCAGCCACCACCACUACCACCUCCACUACUGGAACUGUGCUGGGCUCUGACGGACGAGAGAGACGCAGAUCAUACCUCACCCCUGUGCGUGACGAAGAGUCCGAGUCUCAGAGGAAAGCCAGAUCCAGACAGGCACGGCAGUCCAGGAGGUCCACACAGGGUGUGACCUUGACUGAUCUCCAGGAGGCAGAGAAGACCAUCGGUCGCAGUCGUCCCACAUGGCCUCGAGAAGAGGAGAAAGAAGAGAAGGAGAAACAGGACAAGGAGAAACAAGAAGAGAAGAAAGAGACAGAGACCAAGGAGGAUGACUACAGGUCACGCUACCGCAGCUUUGAAGAGAAGUACCGGAGCACCUCCUUGGCCUCAACCACCACAGCCUCCUCCACCCUGCCUUCCUCCUUGUCUAGCAGCUCCUCUUCUCUGUACAGCACCUCCUCUCUGAACCGACCCAACAGCCUGAGUGGUCUCACUUCCACCUACAGCCGCACCACACGCGACACUGAGAGAGAGUCUGAUAGAAAAGAAAAAGAGGACGACAGGGACUCUGAAGACAAGUCUCAGCCACGCUCUAUACGCGACCGCAGAAGACCUCGAGAGAAAAGACGCUCGACUGGAGUGUCCUUCUGGACCCAGGAUAGUGACGAGAACGAGCCAGAGCAGCCAUCAGACUCAGAAGAAGGCAACACUAAAGGAGAGCCUCAGAGUGACAGACUGUCCAGGUAUGACCCUGUCUCUACUAGCACUUCCUAUCUCGACCGUUACGAGUCUUUGAGUAGCCGUGGCAUUGGGGAGAGCCGGCGGCCGUACUCUCGCUUCGAAAGAGACGACACCACUGAUUAUAAGAAGCUUUAUGAGCAGAUUUUAGCUGAAAACGAGAAGUUGAAAGCUCAGUUACGAGGUACAGAACUGGAGCUGGCAGACCUGAAACUGCAGCUGGAGAAAGCCACACAGAGGCAGGAGCGCUUUGCUGAUCGAUCACAGCUGGAGAUGGAGAAAAGGGAAAGAAGAGCUUUAGAAAGGAAGAUCUCUGAGAUGGAGGAGGAACUGAAGACGCUACCAGACUUAAAAGCAGACAACCAGAGACUAAAGGACGAGAAUGGAGCGCUGAUCCGAGUCAUAAGCAAGCUUUCCAAAUAGAACAGAGCCUCCCCACGACCUCCGGCAGUAACGGUAUUGCACAUCUAGAUAUGAAUACGAGACAACAGCGACAAGAAGGCUCCGUUUCUCAGUCCCCAGCUUUCCCUCGCUUCUCCGCUCCAUCACCUCACCACUCACACAGAACCACUGCGUUUACAGAACUAAGGAAAAGCGUCAGACGAGAGAAUGGCAUUGAACACUUUGCGGGCGGGGAAAGCCUCGAAAAACUAUUUAACCAAUAAGCCUUAGUUGUACAUACGUCACUUGCAUCAAAUUUCUCUUGGCUGUCACAGAACACCUGAUUUUAUUUGUGCCACACUUUAUUAUUUUUUUGCAGUUUUUUUUUUUUUUUGGUUUUUUUGCUCCGCUCUUUAAUCUUUCUUCCUGUAUAGAUGUGUUAUGCAAUGUGCAGCUCUCUCCUUCCAUUUCCUUCCACCCCCGUCCCGAAUGGCGCCAAAAGUCCCGCCUCGUCCUCGGAGGCACUGUCUCUCAGCAGAAGACUUCCCAGCAUUCCACAGUGCUGGCGCACGCUCCGCACACUUCCUCCUCUCUCUCACGGACCCCUGGCUUUACCGAUUAGGUGGACCUCGUGGAAUCGAAGCUUUCACUUAUGUGCAAUAUAUGCGUUUCUUUCUCUACAAACGCUUUAAGAACGUUCACUCUUGCACCACUUUCGUGGCUCACCCCGGUUUCCUUCCUCUCCCCCGACUUUCUUUGAGUUUGUAGUGUAGUCGUUGGUUUAUAUCUUGUACUCCUCACAUUGUUUUAGCAGGUACUGAGUGAAGUUGUAUAUACCUGUAUGUAUCGUUUGAGACCAGCACAUGGCAUGCGUUUAUGGUUCCCUGUCUGUUACUAUUGAAAUAUACCAACUCCAGAGGACAAAGUGUGUUUUUAACUAUUUCCUUCUUCUUUUAUAGUCGAAAAUGUCAUUGGAUAACAAUAGAGCCGCCCUCUUCAGUGCAUUUCUUUCUCUUCUUCUCAGUUUUAAGUGUUCACGGUAAUUGUGAGAUAAUAAUAUAAUUGCUUCACUACAUUUCACACAUUUUAUUCAGUAUCUUUGGAAGAGUGCUGUUCAUCUUUUUUGUCCUUUUCCCGUUUUUUUUUUUUUUUAAGCUGUAGUAUUAGCUAAGGUGUUGUCACUAAAAAGAAGAUCCUAGAUAUCGCUAACCCAGUCCUUUUUACAAUGUCUACAUGCACUGUCAAUGCCAUGUCAGGAGUCUUGCUGUCCGGUUUAGCGAACUUUUGCCACCGCGUCAGAUGAAGUCCAUGCAUCGGAAACACGUUUUAUGCAUUUCAGUGGCCUUUUACGUUAAAAUACUGUAGUUGGAAAAAAAUGUCGCUGUAGUUGGACUGUCAGCUGUCUCUUUGGUUUAGGUUUUUAAUAUUUUUUUGUUUUUGCUUUUUAAAUUUCCCAUCAUCUUGUAAAAUAGAUGUGUGGCUUCAUCCGUGCAAGCUGUGCUGUGACUACCAACCACUGAGAGUUAAUUAAAAUAAACUUGUACAUUG